GAGGCUCAGACGACGCGCGCCGAGCGCAACGUUCGGAAGGGCUUGUCAACGUGACUCCGUUCAUUAUUUUUUAUUUAACGCUCAGUCCGUUUCGCGCUAAAAUUUUUAUAAACAUUAUCUGACAUUUACUCGCAGUGCGAAGUGCUCUUUUGAAUUAAUGAAUGGUUCAGUGUUUAUGAAGAACGGUCGCACGGUUUUAGUGUUUGUUGUAAAGUGAGCCGGUGUUUUUUGCGCGGAGAAUAAUUUACAUGGUAAUUAGACUGUAGGCAUACCUUGUGAUUACUGUAGUGCCGUCAACGGACAAUAUUAAGCAAAUUUGCAAACGGUCGUAUUGAGUUAUCCGCAAUGAGUGGCAUCGUCGACGAGGAGGACAUCGAAGUGAAAGAAACGGGUGGUUGAGAGAUGCUGGUGCGGGGUUGCGGUGGCAGCGAGUUGCGGCACUCGCUGGCGGAGCGCACGAAGGCGCUGGCGGCGCGCUGCCACGCGCUGCGCGCGCCCGCCGCCCAGCGCGCCGACUCGCGCAGCCCCGACCGCCGCCGACCCAGGCACAGAAAAUCGCAGACAAGGUGGUACGUCAAGCAGCCGACAUGGCGGCUGUGGGGCGAGGAGCGCGUCGAUGGCGCCAUCUACACCGUCUACCUCAAGAAGGUGCGCUACCACCGGCCCACGCGCAGCGCAUCCAGUGAGUCAGACGACGAGAUCUCUCACCUGGAGUGGGAGACGGUCCGGGUGCGCUUCGUGAAGGCCGGCACGGUCGAGCGCCUGGUCGAGGCGCUGGCCACGGACGAUGGCGAACUCGAGUCCACAUACGUCAACGUGUUCCUCGCUACCUACCGUUCGUUUGCGGAGUGCAAUAGAGUAUUGGACCUGCUACUGCGACGGUAUGAAGCCCUGGCGGCAGAGGAUGUGCUCCCCUCGGCGGCAGAUACCUCUCAGCAACACCGAAAAACUCUGGUGGCGUGUCUGCACGUGUGGCUGGACACGUACCCGGAGGACUUUCGGCAGCCCCCACACCACCCCGCUCUGCAACAGCUGCUCGCCUUCACACAGCUCCAUCUACCCGGAUCAGAGCUACAUUCGAAGGUAUUACAGAAGCUAGCUAUAUUCAAAGCGGAGCGGAAUGGCAUUUCGGGCGGCGCGAGUCAGGGCGGCGGCGGAGGCGUGUGCCUGGCGGCCGGCAUGCGGCACGCGACGCACCACACGGCCGCCUACCGCCUGCCGCACGUGCCGCAUCGCCACUUCGCCGAGCAGCUGACGCGCAUGGACAUGCAGCUGUUCAAGAAGCUCGUGCCGCACCAGUGCCUCGGCGCCGUGUGGUCGCGCCGCGACAAGGACCGCGGCCACGACGCCGCCACCGUGCUCGCCACCGUCAACCAGUUCAACGCCGUCUCCUUCCGCGUCAUCUCCACCGUGCUCGUGGAGCCCGACCUGCGGCCGCAGGACCGCGCCGACAUCCUCGCCGCCUGGCUCGACAUCGCGCGCGAGCUGAGGGUCCUCAAGAACUUCUCGUCGCUGAAGGCCAUCAUCUCCGGCCUGCAGAGCAACUCCGUGUACAGACUGAGAAAGACGUGGGCGCUCCUGCCGAAGGAGAAGGCGGAGCUGUUCGAUGAGUUGGCGCGCAUAUUUAGCGAGGACAACAAUCGGUGGGCGCAGCGGGAGCUUCUGAUGCGGGAGGGCACCGCGAAGUUCGCCGACACGGUCGGAGAAAACGACCGGCAGCUCCAGAAGUUGCUGCACGAGCGAGGCUCGCCCGGCGUGAGCCACGGCACCAUACCCUACCUCGGCACCUUCCUGACCGAUCUCACCAUGAUAGACACCGCCAUUCCGGACACGGUCGCGGACGGUCUGAUAAACUUCGACAAACGGCGAAAAGAGUUCGAGGUGCUAGCUCAAAUAAAGUUGCUGCAGGGCGCCGCGAACGCGUACCACCUGGCCACCGACCCGAUGUUCGAUCGGUGGUUCGACUCCGUGAUCGUGCUAGACGACCGGGAGGCGCACCACCUGUCGUGUCAGAUAGAACCCCAGACGAACCCACCGAAAGAGAGGCGGCCGAAGAAAAUAAACGAAAACAACGGCCACGGUCACCGGAAGAACGACUCGAUAGCGAGCACCAGCUCGAGCAACAGCUCGCAGUUCUACUGCGAGACGGACGGCGUCGCGAGCGCGUGGAAGCGGGACAGCCUGGAGCGGCGCGCGUCGCCGACGCGGCUGUCGCACGGCUCGUCGUCGUCGUCGCUGCCGUCGCUGGACGCGUCGCUGUCGAGCGCGGCCAGCGGGCACAAGGCCAACGGCAAGCCGGGCGCCAGCCCCGCGCACGCGCACCGCGCCGGCCCCGACUUCUACAUCAUCCGCGUCACCUACGAGUCCGACUGCGCCGAGACCGAGGGCGUGGUGCUCUACAAGUCCAUCAUGCUGUCCAACAACGAGCGCACGCCGCAGGUCGUGCGCAACGCCAUGCUCAAGCUCAACCUCGACGGCGACCCCGACCAGUAUACGCUCGCUCAAGUUUUACCUGAUAGAGAAAUGUUGCUCCCAGCGAACGCGAACGUUUACUACGCAGUAAACACGGCGUACAACCUGAACUUCAUCCUGCGGCCGCGCAAGCCGCAGCCGGCGCCCGAGCCGCUCGUCAACGGCAAGGCGCGCAAGCGCACCUGACUGCUCUCCUACUAGGAGUCUGAACUGCAUCCGAGGUACCGCGCGGUUUGAAAGUGUUAGAAAGUGGUUGAAAGGGUUAGAAGGUGAUAAUAAAGCUAUCUUAAGCUGAAGCUGGCCGUUUCUAAGCCGCGCGGCAGACCGCUCUAGUACGACUAGUACGUACGGGCUCUAAAUCUGUGUCUCGUGAUGCGACCCCGCUGGCUUCAAGAACCGAGUUCUAUAGGUGCCCUGGCGGUAAAAAUAAAUUCGGUACUCUUAUCGAGCGGUGUGAGAACUCGACGUAUUUGUGUUCGUAGUGUAUUCUAUUUAUGCAUUUCUCGGUGUCUAUAAGUGUAGUUGUACAUAAAAACCCUAUGCCACCUCUAGCUGUAAUGCGUUGUGAAUAACAUGUAUGUAAAUUUGUAUCAUUAUUUGUAUAUAGUGGAAUAAUGUGUAAAUAAGAAUCUCAAGUAGGGUGUUAGUGUCGUAAUACUAAGCCAAAGGCGAUCUAUUAUGUCUAAUACAAGGUGCUGUUAUACCCUUAUAAAGCAUUUCUAAAGCUUUAACAUUUGAAAACGUUCGUAAACCGAAUUUUCCAAAAAUAAAUAAUUAAUAUGUAUUUAUAUAGUGGUAUGGGUAAAGUAGACAAAUAAAUGAAUGUAAAAUAUGCAAUAGAAUAUAACCACUAGUGUUUAAUAGUAUCUACGUGGCAGUAAUCUAUUAUUACAUGAUGUACUCGUAAUAUAUGUUUAAUUUAUUUAUUUAUACUCAUAUAUGUAACUAUAAUGUGGUAGAUACACGUUACAACCAAAUAUUAACUGCAGUAAAAGCCUGAAUAUUUAUUAUUGUAUUUAUUCUAAUAAAAAUUUCACUUUUGAGAAGAUUUUUAAAGAUUUCGUUCCGUUUAAUUUUUUAAAGCAACCUUUAAAACAUUAAAUUAAGUCGACUGACAAUUUUAAAUGUCCUCUGCUCACUCGUUAAACAGUUUGUACAUGACAAUUUUACUCAUUUGUUUAUAAGUAUUAGGAAUCUAUAUAUUAAGAAAGACAAUGUGCCUAAAUUAAACAUUUAUUUAUAUUUCGAUUGAAAGUUUGGAGAAAUAUGAUUGUUUUUUAAUUGUUUUAUAAUACGAGGAAACAGGUAGAUAUUAUAGAGAAACUGAAUGUCCAUGAUAGGGUAGAUCGUUUAUUGGAAACAUUGCACAAUAAUAAGUGCAUAGUCCACUUUUAUAAUAUUCUUAUAUUACUAUUUAUUUGUCCCUCAAUUUAUAUUCUAAUCUAAUCUUUCAUCUUAUACAAUAGUCGUCGAUGUUUAUUACUAAAGGGCCUAGUACAUCCAGAUUGAUUUUCCUUUUCACCAAUUAUCAGCACAUCGUUAACAAUAUUUGAAAUGUAAUAAAUUGUUCAUAUGCAAAAAUAUAAAACAUUGAAAGUUUUUGGCAAUUAGAAACAAAGUAUUUUUUACAUGUCAAAUAUCGUUUAAGAUGUGCUGAUAUUCCGUGAAACGGAAAACGACACUGUAGCAAGUGUGGAUAUAAUUGGUCCUUAAGCCAGCGAUUUUAGCAGCAUAAUUAUCGGUCAAUACAAGUUGCUUGAACAUCAAAUCUAUUUGAUUAGUUAAAUAUAGAAUAUAUUUAAAAAUAAUGAAUUGCAUGUUACCUGAACCAUAAUAAUUAGUACCUACCGUAUUUGAAGUAUUUAGGUGCCCUAUGAUCCUGUCUAAAGUUGCCUCUGCAUAUAUUUAAUUUGGGCUCGAGGAUUUUUACAUUGAGUUGGAUCCACCGCUAAGGGUCUAUCCAAUACGUCAUGGAGUUAGUAAAAAAAAAAGAGUGACGCUUGAGAAAAGGCUUCAACAGCUACAGUUAAAUUCAUGUAUAAAUGGGAAUUAAGGAACCUACCUACCUAAUUAUCCAGUCUCCAGCAUAGAAAGACAAAUUAUAAGGUGGGUGUAUAAUAACUAUUUAUAAACAUUUUUUUUGUAAAUAUUGUAAUUUGUCUAUGUAUAACUUUGUAGUUUUCCAACAGUGUCAGCAAUUGUUUACGUUUGUGUAAUAAAAAUGAAAUAAUACCCA